CAGGCCACUACUACGUCGUACACUGAAGCGCUCUCGUAACCUGCCGUCUUGAAUAUUUUCCAAACCACCGCAGCGACGAGCAAGGAGAAGUUAACGAACCCAAUGUCGGGCCCGAUUACCGACUUGGAGCGGCGAAAGCAGAUCAGCGUGCGAGGCAUCGCUCAGGUCGAAAAUGUUGCCGACGUGAAGAAGGCCUUCAACCGGCACGUCCACUACACGCUGGUCAAAGACCGCAAUGUGGCUACGCCUCGGGACUACUACUUUGCCCUGGCCUACACCGUCAAGGACCACUUGGUCGGCCGCUGGAUUCGCACGCAACAGUCCUACUACGAGAAGGACCCCAAGCGGGUGUACUACCUCUCCCUGGAGUAUUACAUGGGCCGUUCGCUCACCAACACCAUGAUGAACCUGGGCAUCCAGAAUGCCUGCGAUGAGGCCCUGUAUCAGAUGGGUCUGGACAUUGAGGAACUGGAGGAAAUCGAGGAAGAUGCCGGUCUGGGCAAUGGCGGCCUGGGUCGGCUGGCAGCCUGCUUCCUCGAUUCUAUGGCCACGCUUGGCCUGGCAGCCUAUGGAUAUGGCAUCCGCUACGAGUACGGUAUCUUCACGCAGAAGAUCACCAAUGGCGAGCAGACUGAAGAGCCAGAUGACUGGCUUCGCUUUGGAAACCCGUGGGAGAAGGCUCGCCCGGAAUACAUGAUUCCCGUCAACUUCUAUGGCCGUGUGGAGAAGACCAACAAGGGCUUCAAGUGGGUCGACACACAGACUGUGCUUGCCAUGCCCUACGACAACCCCAUCCCUGGGUUCCGCAACAACGUUGUCAACACCAUGCGCCUGUGGUCAUGCAAAUCGCCCGUCAAAUUCAACCUUCGCUUCUUCAACAAUGGUGACUACAUUCAGGCUGUCCUCGACCGGAACCUGGCAGAGAACAUCUCCAAGGUGCUCUACCCCAAUGACAAUGCGUUCGAGGGCAAGGAGCUUCGUCUGAAGCAGGAGUACUUCAUGGUCGCAGCGACGCUGCAGGACAUCAUUCGCCGUUACAAAUCUUCCAAGUUCGGCCAGACAGAGGCGGUGCGCACCCACCUGGACCAGUUCCCGGAGAAGGUGGCCAUUCAACUCAAUGACACGCACCCAGCGCUUGCCAUUCCGGAACUCAUGCGCCUCUUCAUGGACAUCGAGGGACUCAGUUUCGACAAGGCUCUCGAACUGACGACGAAGACAUGUGCCUACACGAACCACACAGUGCUGCCAGAGGCCCUGGAGCGCUGGUCAUGCUCCAUGUUGCAGAACAUGCUUCCGCGCCACCUGCAGAUUAUCUUUGACAUCAACGCCCAUUUCCUUGGCGAUGUGAGCCAGAAAUACCCCGGGGAUCUCGACCGGUUGCGACGUAUGUCGCUGGUCGAGGAAGAAGGCGAGAAGCGCAUCAACAUGGCUCACCUGGCCAUCGUGGGCUCGCACAAGGUCAACGGCGUGGCACAGAUACACACCGAGAUUCUCAAGAAGGAUCUGUUCAAGGACUUCUACGAGAUGUACCCUGAGCGUUUCCUCAACAUGACCAAUGGCAUUACUCCCCGCCGGUGGCUCCUGCUCUGCAACCCUAGUCUGGCUGAUCUCAUUGCCGAUAAAAUUGGCGAGGACUGGAUCGUGCACCUGGACCAGCUGACCAAGCUGAAGCCUUUGGUCAACGACAAGGCAUUCCUGCGAGACUUGCGGAAAGUGAAGCAGGAAAACAAGAUGCGGCUGUGCGAGUACCUGCACAAGCUGACGGGCAUCAAGCUAGACCCAUCGUCCAUGUUCGACAUGCAAGUGAAGCGUAUCCACGAGUACAAGCGGCAGCUGCUCAACUGCCUGCACAUCAUCUGCCUGUACAAUCGCAUCAAGGCAGACCCCUCGGCACCCUUCGUGGCACGUACCAUCAUGGUCGGUGGAAAGGCGGCUCCGGGCUACCACAUAGCGAAGCAGAUCAUCAAGCUGAUCAUCGCGGUGGGCAAUGUGGUGAAUCACGACCCUGUGAUUGGGGACAAGCUGAAGGUGAUCUACCUGGAGAACUACCGUGUCACCCUGGCCGAGAAGAUCAUCCCAGCAGCUGACCUCAGCGAGCAGAUCUCCACCGCCGGCACAGAGGCUUCAGGCACCGGAAACAUGAAAUUCAUGCUGAACGGCGCUUUGACCAUUGGCACCCUGGACGGUGCUAAUGUCGAGAUGCAAGAGGAGAUGGGCCCAGAGAACAUCUUCAUUUUUGGAAUGACCGAGCCAGAAGUUGAAGAGCUCAAGAAGAGGGGCUACAAUGCCUGGGACUACUACAACAAGCUGCCAGAAGCGAAGAAGGCCAUCGACCAGAUCAACAGUGGUUUCUUCAGCCCAUCCAACCCAAACCUCUUCCACGACCUCACCAACGUGAUGCUCAACCAUGACAGGUUCUUCCUGCUGGCUGACUUCGAGUCGUACAUGAAGUGCCAGGAGCGGGUGUCGGCCAUGUACACGAACCAGGAGGAGUGGACCAAGAUGGCGCUGCUCAACAUCGCCUCGUCGGGCAAGUUCUCGAGCGACCGCACCAUCUCCGAGUAUGCCCGCGAGAUCUGGGGCGUCGAGCCCUCCUGGGAGAAGAUGCCCGCACCCCACGAGUCCAAGGGCGAUGAUGAGAAGAAUUAAAAAAGACGGCGACCACAUGUGGGACUUCGGCGAAAGAGGCCCUACUGCCUAUCAGCCGCAAGCAUGAGUUGCUGCUGCUGCUGCUGCUGCUUCUACCAACCAACAACCCACUGACAUCCAUGCUGAACUAUCCAGCUAUCUAGCCACCGCGGUUCUUAGUCCCUAUAGGCCUUGAUGCUCUGUACUGUAGAACUGAGAAAGACCCCCCCCAAAAAAUCUAAAAUGCUGGCUUCGUAAAGCAGUAGCCCCCACCGAAAAACUUCAUUUUGUUGCUGUAUUCCUAGCAUUAUUUGAACAAGACAGAGUUUCACCAGAAGCUGGAGACUUGAAGUGAUCAACAGAGGACGAACAGUGACUGUCUCUGGAACCUACAUUUCUUUCAUCAGCGGGGUGGCCCUGAUGAGGACAAGCAAGCCCCUUGUCGAAAUGUUUGCUUCAGAGCCAUCCCUUGUCUGUUGAUCACUAGCGUGUGUUGGUGUCAUCGAUUUUGAAGCUGCCUUUUGAGAAGGUUGCAUGCGAUGUGAAAGUCUUACGGGAUGCGAGAGAAAGUGCUGUAAUGAAAGGAUGCAAGUUGGAAGGAUUAAAUCGAUGGCGUAAUUUGAAGUCGUCCAUGUAAGUGAAACUGCCUACAUGGGAGCACUGUGUCAUCUCUAGCCAUUUGUUUGGCUUCAACAAGGGUUGCACUAUGGCUCUACUUUAAGGAUUACGGGAGAAAGGUUGUGCAUGAAAGGGCUCAAGCUAAUUUCGCUGAAGUUCUGCUAUGUUGCGUUAGUUGUUCUAUUGAAUAAUUUUCAGUCCCGUUAGAAUGUUCAGAAAUGACGCUCUAGCAUCGGCAUACUAUGCAUGAACAGCUCGUCGCUCUUCGGCAUUAUGGUGUGAGGCCCUAAAAGGGGCUUCAGGAUAGGAAGUCAAGCAACACUGUUGGCAGACUGUUCUCUGAAGUUAGAACAGUCCACCCCUGUAGACCAUAAACGAGGCACUGCUUUAGUGCGCAAUGGCAUUACUGUCGAAUGCCCGAUUAGAGAAGUAGUAAUUGUAAGCUUUUAUUGUAUUUAGUAUAUAGCAUAGUUUAGCUUGUUUGUACAAGCUGUUAUCACAAUCUUCAGUCGGUCUGAACCAACAAGAGUGCAGUGGUCAAUACUAUCGCUUAAUGGUUGCUGGUUGGGGCAAGGGACAUACAUUGAAUAUUCAAAGUUUACAGAACUUAGACUUUAAACACAUGAGAAUGACUUGCGAGUUGAGAGAGCUAGUGGUCUGAAUGAAUGAAGCGUGCUGUAAUUCAUAAAAGGUUUGGUUGAAACAAUAAGAGCAUUUCUGUGUAUAUUGCCAAGUCGAAUAUGUGUGCGAGAUUAUUAAUACGCAAAGUUUGCUCAGUGCCACCUACCGUAAUAUCCCGAGUCAUCAACCAUGCCCCUAAAA